GCCAGCACUGCAAUCGAUCGAGCACAGUACAGUUUCGUCAGCUGCAGUUAGAACUCUAGGACGAGCAGAGCAAUGUAUAUCCGGCAGGCCAGUACCCUACUGGCCGUACUGUGCGCGCUAGCUCCCUGUGCCCUGUUACAUCCACUGGCGGCGGGACCAUCGCGGCAGGACCCGGCGGACGCGAUGGGUGAUAACUUCGAGGGUGACAUACUGCUAACGGACGCGCAGCUUGCCGCGAUGAGGAAACGUACCGGCAUGUAUCUGUCUACGUUCAUCUGGCCCGAUCGUACAGUGCCGUACCAAAUUGUGGCGACGGACUUUACAUUCGAUCAAACCAAUGCGAUUCUGGCUGCGAUGCGGGCAAUCGAACAGCACACCUGCCUACGCUUCGUUCCGGCCACAACCGCAACGGUCGAUUUCAUUCAAAUCGCUGCCGGAACCGGCUGUUCCUCCUUCGUCGGCCGUAUUCGAGGUGCCCAAGCCCUACGGCUACAGCCGAGUGCGAUCGGUACCGGCUGCUUCACGCACGGGACGAUCGUGCACGAGCUAAUACACGCACUCGGCUUCUAUCACAUGCAGAGCGCCACGGAACGCGACCAGUACGUGGACAUUCUGUGGCAAAACAUUGCCCCCGGGCGUGAAGGUAACUUCCAGUCGUAUGGUACGGAUCGCAUCAUCAACUACGGGGUCGCCUACGACUACGAAAGCGUUAUGCACUACCACACGCUUGCGUUCAGUGCGAACGGGCAACCGACGAUCCUUCCGAAGGUGGCAAACGUUGCGAUUGGACAGCGGGACGGGAUGAGUGCGGGCGAUAUUCAGCGCAUCUGGAACAUGUACCAAUGCUGAGAAGCGGAACGGUUUCAGUAGGACAGCCUGUGACCCGGAAACGAACAAAAAUAAAUCCAACUAUUUUGUUAAAGCAUACGUAA